AUAACUGUAAUAAUAGAAGAAUUAGAUAAAUAAGCAUCAAUUUUCUUAUUUGUAUUAUAAUGCGUUUGUGGUAAAUUCUUCUUUAAUCUUACACCGACAUGUUUAAUUUCACAUCAUAGAGUGUAGAAGCUGCAAAAUAUGGGUGCUCAAAGUCCAGUUUUAUCAAAAUCCAAAAAUAGAAUAUGAAAGGAACUAAAAUGACAGAGCAGCAAAAAUGCUGAAUCCAUCCAACGACAAUGAAUGCUUCCAUUCUGAACCGUGGCCUGCUGAUCCUGCAUCAACUGAGCAGACUAAUGAGAAUGUAUCAGAAAUUGUGGCAGAUAUUGAUUUAGAAAUAGAAGGUGAAAAGGAGCAGUUACUUGGCUGCUCGAAUAGUGAAGGUUCAAAGCGUAACAGCUCAUCAAGUGCUGAUCAAAGCACUGAAUCAAAUGUCUCCGCAAGUGGGCGUUCUCUUUUUAAUAAAUUGCAAAAUAAAUCUCCACUUUCACAUAAAGAAGAUAAAUUAAAAUUCUCAAAGUCGACUACAGAAUCUGCUGCGGAACAUGAAAAACAUGUAUCUUUUAAAGCCGAGGACAAGUAUGCUCCCAUAGAGGAUGAUGAACCAGAGCCUUUUGUUUUUGUUGCAAAGAAAGCCAGCAAGUUUGGUAGAGGAUCAAGUAGUACUGACUUUUUUGGAUAUUUAUUAGACGAAGAUGACACAGAUAGUAAUAAUGUACUCAAGUCUUCGCCUGACUCCCAUAAAUUCUCCCUUAGCAGCAGUCCAAAUAAAGAUGUUCAGGCAGUUCAUGAAAAAGAUGAGACGAAAAUUUCUUACAGUCCGGUUAAAUCUGAACCAGGAAGCCGGUCUUUUCUCAAAGACAAAUUCGCAUCGUCUUUGCGCAGCAAGCCCAGCAGUACACCGGUAAAAGGGAGUGAGAAAUCUCCUCUGUUAGGAAAACACAGUAGUCCAUCAAGUCCUGUCAGCUCAGUCAACGCGUCCCUUCACAGACAUUCUUCCAAAGAGGACAGCCAGCUGGAGCAUCUCCUGUCACCAACAAGGUCCUAUAACUCUUCUGAGGAUGACUCUCAGUUUCAUAAUAUUUCUGAGGACACCGACCAGCACCCAUCACCAAGUGUUCUGUCUGAUGCAGAAGGUGAAGGCGUCUGUAGCAAGUACUCUCAACUGUCAGAGCAUGGGUCCUCAACCUCAUCCCCUGUCACAUCGGGGGAGAACGGAGAUCGCAGGAAUAAAAGUGAUGAGGAUAUUGUCAAAAAACAGAACGGUCUGGAUGGGAAUAAAGCGGAUGCAUCUGCUGGAUUCCUGGACAAUCCCCUGCAACUGGGCAUUGCCUUUAGUGAAUUUGUGGAUGUGGAGAAUUUUAAGCGCCAUCUUGGAACUCAUGCUCCUAAAACAGAGGACAAAUUUGGUGGGAGAUCAGAAGACCAUCUUCUGGUCUUGUUGCGGAGUGGUUCCCACAGAAAUCUCAAGUCCUAUCUGAGAAACUCUCAGUGGCCAGCUGAGAGUGAUGCCAGAAGGCGUUUAUGGGAAAACCUUUGUUCUCAUCUCUUUGAAAAGGAUAAAGGAAAUUUGUACAAAGAAAUAGCCGAAGAAGUCUGCGAAGAAGGGGUUGGUGACGACAUGGUGCUACCCACAUUUCUAGACCAGAGCCACCUGCAGACGUACUUCCUGAACAUCCAGGGCGUGCGAUCAGUUAAAAUCAUCAUGAAUGUGAUAAGUCGACUUAGUCCAGAUAUUAUCUACUGCCCAAUGCUGUACCCCAUGUCUUCCCUGUUUCUGCACUACAUGUCCCCCGAAGCAUGUUUCACCUGCAUGCAGGUGCUCCUCAGUGCCAAUAGCAAGAAGCAGAGUUUGUUUUUCCUCACGCAGACCAAAGUGAAGACAGAAGCUUCGAAGUAUGUCCUGUUAGACUUGGCCAAAAAAUACACUAAACAUGCUUACGUACUUAUUGAAAGAAGCAGCCCCAAAAGCCCAGUGGCAGUACUUGACAAUUGGAUGUGGUGGAUAUUUAGAGAUUUGCCGUUUCAGUAUUUGGUGUGUAUAAUUGACAGCUACCUGCUAGAAGGAUACAAAGUUUUCUACCGGGUAGCUUUGGCUAUAAUUUUUCUUUUCACUAAAGAUUCAAAUAGACGAGGAAGUAGAAACUCACCUGUAUUGAAUUUAGGUGCUGCCAUCGCUAGGUUCUGUACCAACAUGCCAUAUGAUUCCAAAAAGUUAAUCAAGGUUGGAUUUGGGAUUCGGGGGUUGACGAGAAAAGAGAUCACUAAACUUCACACCAAACAUGAGACAAACAUAAAGAACCUGCCAGUCAAAGACACAAUGUCUAGAAUUGUAACUAGUCAAAGCAUGGCCCAGCUUGGCUUAGCCAGGCCUUUCAAAGGUCAGAUGACGGCCCAGCAGUCUUCGUCAGCUGUGUUGACAGCAGAGAUGCUCCAGACCAUAUGGACGUGGAUCCCUUUUCGCCUAACCCUUAUGAGACCCAAACUGCUAUUUUCAUCUGACGAGGAUGGUACAGCACUACGUACACUUUACCAAAAAACAGAACAUGCUCCUCAAACUGUUUUAGCCAUCAAAACUACAAAUAAUGAGGUGUUUGGUGCAUACUGCUCAGCUUCCUGGCACACUAGACAUGAGAAAAACAAACCUCAUUUAUCAUUCUUUGGCACUGGCGAGACCUUUGUCUUUACAUUCCAGCCUUGUCCAAUAAAAUUUCCCUGGACAGGCACCCUAGGAGACAACGCACCAGCGCACCCAGUUGACCAUUUCAUGGCUGGUGAUGACACUAUGUUAGUUGUUGGCAGCGGUAACGGAGAAGCCAUUUAUUUAGACACCAUGAUGAACCGAUGCAGCACCACUCACUGUGAGACAUUUGAUAAUGACCCUCUGUGUACAGAGCAGGACUUCAGUUGCCAGAUAGUUCAAGUUUUUGGAUUUGAUGAUUGAGCUAGGCUACAAAUAGUUCUGAGUUCUAUAUUGCUUACUGCUUGCCUGUGAUAUCACUCUCUUCAUGUCAUAGCUUAGUAAAUUUUGGCUAAACUAAAUUUGACUCAAAGUAGAAACUUGGCAAAACUUUUCCUAAGAUCCUUUGGUCACUACCUCACCAACAACUUCACAGUAAUGGGUUAUUAGUUUUGUGCAUAUUUAUUUUUUUACUGUAUCUACUUUAUUUUUGUGUAAACCAGUCAAGAAUUGCUACUGUGAUAGGUGUGCCUUUAGGUUGUAAGUUAUUUUUUUAAAUAUUUUGUUUCAUAUAAAAAGUUGCUGUUUUUGUUUUGUUUUUUCUUCUCUCAAGAAUGUUAUUAUUUUAUGUCACAAGCAAAAUUCAACUUACAAAUAUUUUAUAAAUACUACAGUUUAUUCAUUUCAGUAAAACCAUUUACAGUUUAUUAAUUUCAGUAAAACCUUUUACCUUUCACAAACUUUUUAGUAGUUGAAAAAGUUAAUUCAAUAUGUGUGUGCUUAUACUUUUCUAUACUUUUUCUUGUAAAAUUGUUAGGACAUAGUGUCAGUAUAGUGGAUAGUUUUUGUUUUACUUCCCUUAUUAAUCACAACAAGCAAAGCUAAUUGUUGAGCAAUUAUUUUUAGAAUGCUAUCAGCUCAAAUAUUUGUCUUUCAUUUGCUUAUUAAUUAAAUAUGGGUACAAGUACUGUAACUCAUUAGUUUAAAUAAAAAUAAUUACAUUACAUAAGUAUUUGUUAAUAUAAUAAUUUCUAGACUUUAUUUAGGAGCUUAAUUUUUUUUUACGUUUGGUUUAUCUUUAAAAGUAAUCUUAAUGUAUUCAAAUUUGAUCAUCAUCUGUUUUUGUCAAAAAAUGUUUUAAAAGUUGUAUCUUAUUCAUUUUGGAAACAUUUUAAAAAGUAUUGGUUUAAAAAAAGUUUGAAAAGCAAUGUAAUUUUCAUAGUCAUUUUUCACUCUAACCUAUGUUUUGAUGAUGUAAAUAUUUUGAUUGUUAAAGUAGGAGUAGUUUGGUGUCAGAGCUGUAAAUUUGUCUGUCAAGAGUUGUCUCGACUUACAGCUGUGUUCACUCCCUUGGCUGUGGUUUAUUUAUUAUUUAGUUAUCUAGUCUAGUUCAGGUGAAACUAUGUUUAUGUGCAAUUUGAUAAUAAGACAUGACAUUGCUGAAUCGCUCUUAAAUGUACAAGCUUUUCAUUGGGUCAGAUAUUCACUUUAUUUUUAGUAUUUUCUCUAUACCGUAUUAAUAAAUUAGGCCUUUUCUUAAAAAACAAAUCAAAUUAUUAGUAAUGGUUAAGUACAUGUACACAGUUGUAAUAGGUACUAAAUUUAGUUAAUAAACUAUAUUUUGCUGUAUAUUUGUUUACAUGCCAACCUUACUUUUUCUUAAUCUGACAAGUUACAGCUCUAUAAAAAGUGUAGCUUUUUGUUCUAAAAUUAAUUGAAAUGAGAAAACAAUAAUUCAAACAGUACUGGAUCACCAAUAGAGUUACUUCCUCUUUGUUGUUUUACGACUGAGGCUGAUAGGGGUUUUUACCCAUGUUGUUACAUACUAGGCCUUGUAUAUAAUUAAAUAUGAAGUUGGUUAUGAAAUGAUAAGUUUUAAUACAGCCAGACUUUGGUGAACAAAUUAUUAAAAUUGCCUUUUUUUAGCCAUAUUACCAUCUUUUUUUU